CGAAGAAGUGGGAAUCCCGCGAGAAGCGAGAUGAAAGCUUCCUCAGAGAGAGCUGGGCUUGCCCUCCUCCCUAUAUGGAGGGUCUUGGGGGCACUCGGGACUGUGCGACCCACCAGGGGCUCAGCAACCACCUCAAGGAGUGUAGGAAGAUCCUUAAGGCCCGGCCCCCCAACCUCAUUACCCGCCAGAGACUUAAUGGGAGCAUGAAGCUCCACCGCUGUGCUGACUGUGGGAGAGGCUUCGGCCUCCUCUUGAACCUCAUCCGCCACCAGAGGACUCACGUCGGUGGGAAGCCCUACAAAUGUCCCGACUGCGGGAAAGAAUUUGGCCACAGCUCGGCCCUCCUCACUCAUCGGCGCAUCCACACCGGGGAGAAGCCGUACGUGUGCAACGAAUGCGGGAAAAGCUUCAACGUGGUGUCGAACCUUCUGCGCCACCAGAGGAGCCACACGGGAGAGAAGCCGUACCAGUGCCCUGACUGUGGGCGCUGCUGCAGCCAAAGGUCUCACCUGGUCACUCACCUGCGCCUCCACACCGGGGAGAGGCCUUACUGGUGCCUGGAGUGUGGGAAAAGCUUCAACGUCAGCUCCGACCUUAUCAAACACCGGAGAAUCCACACGGGCGAGAAGCCUUACGAGUGCCGCUACUGCGGGAAGCGCUUCAGCGGCAGCUCAAACCUCAUCACGCACCAGAGGCUCCACACGGGCGAGAAGCCCUACGUCUGCCCAGAGUGCAGCAAAAGCUUCCCCAUCAGCUCCAAGCUCAUCGCUCACCAGAGAAUCCACACCGUGGAGAAACCCUACGACUGCGCCGGCUGGAGGGGAAGUUUACCCGAAAGGCCCCGCCUGGCCAGGCGCCAGCAGAGCCCGUACCGCCGAGAGAAACGCUUCAAGUGCGCCGACUGUGGGAAGAGUUUCACCACCAGCUCCUACCUUAUCACUCACCAGCGCACCCACACGGGGGAGACCCCUUACACCUGCGGGGACUGUGGAAAAAGCUUCACCGUCAUCUCCAACCUUGCCAGACACCAGAGAAUCCACACGGGAGAGAAGCCCUACCAGUGCCCGGACUGCGGGAGGAGCUACACCCAGCGGGCCCACUUGACGACGCACCUCAGAGUCCACACGGGAGAGAAGCCUUAUGCCUGCGCCGACUGUGGGAAGAGCUUCAACAUCAACUCAUCCCUCACAAAACACCGAAGAAUCCACACAGGCGAAAAGCCCUACAUGUGCCCUGACUGUGGGAAAACUUUCAGCCAGAGCUCCAAUGUCACCACGCAUCGAAAGCUCCACCAUGGAGAGAGCCUUCUCAGUGGCCCCAUAAGGAUCCUUCAGAUCAAAUAGAACUUCCCAUCUCUACCUAGUGACUUUCCUCUCUGGUGGUCUGGC